CUCACAUACACUAGCUUUCUAUAGCUAGCUAGACUACUAUUAUUGUCAUUAUCUCUUGUUGAAUUAUUUCUAGCUUAGCUAGUUUGUUUCUCGAUCAGAUCCAAUGGCUGAUUCAGGAUCCUCAUCGUCAAGGAGGAUGUGGUGCUCCAUCCCAGAGAAGCUUCAACUACAUGGUGCCAUGCUGGCACUCCAGUUUGGCUAUGCUGGCUUUCAUGUUGUCUCAAGAGCUGCCCUUAACAUGGGCGUUAGCAAACUUGUCUUCCCAGUCUACCGCAACAUCAUUGCUUUUCUCCUCCUCCUUCCCUUUGCAUACUUCUUGGAGAAGAAGGAGAGGCCUGCCAUUACUUUAAACUUCUUGCUGCAGUUCUUUCUUCUGGCACUUGUUGGGAUUACAGCGAACCAAGGGUUUUACUUGCUGGGAUUGGACAACACAUCUCCAACAUUUGCAUCUGCAAUACAGAACUCUGUCCCAGCCAUUACAUUUCUCAUGGCAGCCAUACUCAGGAUAGAGAAAGUGCGGCUCGACAGAAAAGAUGGCGUGGCAAAGGUAGCCGGAACAGUAUUCUGUGUGGCGGGGGCGUCCGUCAUAACACUCUACAAGGGUCCAACCAUCUACAGCCCAGAACCACCGCUGCAGACCGCAGCCAUGAGCCUAGGGGCGGCAGCAGAAGAGGGAAAGAACUGGACCCUGGGAUGUGUCUACCUCAUUGGCCAUUGCUUGUCUUGGUCCGGUUGGCUCGUCCUGCAGGCUCCGGUUCUGAAGAAGUACCCGGCUCGGCUCUCCGUGACUUCCUACACGUGCUUCUUUGGACUGUUGCAAUUCCUUGCCAUUGCUCUGGUGGUUGAAAGAGAUGUGAAUGCUUGGAUUUUCCAAUCAGGUGCUGAAGUCUUCACUAUUGUAUACGCGGGAGUGGUUGCUUCCGGCAUAGCCUUUGCGGUGCAGAUAUGGUGCAUUGACAGAGGUGGCCCUGUGUUCGUGGCGGUGUAUCAGCCAGUCCAGACUCUUGUCGUCGCUGUCAUGGCUUCCCUUGCUUUGGGUGAACAGUUCUACUUAGGCGGGAUCAUUGGAGCAGUUUUGAUCGUAGUGGGUCUGUACCUAGUCCUGUGGGGUAAAUCCGAAGAGAAGAAAUUUGCAUCUCAAUCGCAACAUGUCAUUGCUUCUGGUCCAGAGCACAGUAGCAUCAGGCCCGCAAGCCAUGCCAAACCAUCUCUUACUCAGCCUCUUCUUCCUUCCUCAACGGAAAAUGUUUGAUCAACUUCAAAAACCCUAACUUCAUGCUAAGUUAUUACUAUUAUAGCGUUGCUUUUCCGGGACAAGAAAACGAAAACGAAGCAACCAUACCGGUUAUAUACAUUACUACUACUUUAUUGUAAUGUCACGCUGCUUGUGUGUGUAUGAUGAUGAAUGAUGGGUUUUUCUUCU